UCUGGCGAAGAUAACCCCCCGGCAACAUGAACACGAUGAACAAGAUUGUCUUCUAUGAGGAGAGGAACUUCCAGGGCCGCUCUUACGAGUGCAUGAGCGACUGCCCCGACAUGUCCACCUACAUGAGCCACUGCCACUCCUGCAGAGUGGAGAAGGGCUGCUUCAUGGUCUAUGACCGCACCAACUUCAUGGGCAACCAGUACUUCCUGAGGAGGGGUGAGUACGCCGACUACAUGAGCAUGAUGGGCAUGAGCGACUGCAUCAGGUCCUGCCGCAUGAUCCCCAUGUACAGAGGCUCCUACAGGAUGAGGAUCUACGAGAGGGACAACUUCCAGGGUCAGAUGCACGAGCUGAUGGAGGACUGCGACAACAUCAUGGACCGCUACAGCAUGUCCAACUUCAUGUCCUGCAAUGUGAUGGAGGGCCACUGGCUGAUGUACGAGCAGCCCAACUUCAGAGGACGGAUGUGGUACAUGAGGCCCGGAGAGUACAGGAACUUCAUGAGCAUGGGCAUGAGCGGCAUGAGGUUCAUGAGCAUGAGGCGCAUCAUGGAUUCCUGCUACUAGACGACUUAUGAAGGU